AAAUAGAGUCCUGUGGCAGCAGACAACUCGCAGGCUGAUUCAAUACCAAGCUGUGCGUCUUGCUUUGGGCUUCUGCUUGCAUUUCCAGCCGCUGUCGCGAUGAGUUGCAACAUUAAAGAGACGAUUACUGUGUCUAGCAAAGGCAGGAGCAGUGGUGGCAGCUGUAUCAUUGGUGGUGGUGGUGGAGCACGGAUUUCUUCCUAUACGAUAGGCAGUGGCAGAGGUUUUUCUGGAAGGAGUUACUGCGGUGGAGUGAAUUAUGGAGGGGGACUGAGUGUCGGUAGCUUGGCUGGUGGGAGCUAUGGAGGUGGCAACUGCUAUGGCAAUGGCCUUGGUUUCGGCAUCGGAGGCGGUGUGGUUGUCGGUGGCCUUGGUGGCGACUGCUUGCUUUCAUCCUGCGAUGAGAAAGUGACCAUGCAAAAUCUCAAUGACCGCCUGGCGUCCUACCUGGACAAGGUGAAGUGCUUGGAGAAGGAAAAUGCAGAGCUGGAAUGCAGAAUCAGAGAGUGGUACGCUACACAGGGCCUCUCCUGCGAGCCCCGGGACUACAGCUGCUAUUACAAAGAAAUCGAAGAUCUUCAGAAUCAGAUUGUCUGUGCAACCAUUGAUAACAACAAGAUCAUUCUGGACAUCGACAACAGCAGGAUGGCCGCUGAUGAUUUCCGUGUGAAGUACGAGACGGAGCUGGCCCUCCGCCAGAGCGUGGAGGCUGACAUCAACGGGCUGCGCCAGGUCCUGGACCAGCUGACGCUCUGCAGGUCCGACCUGGAGGCACAGCUGGAGUCACUGCGGGAGGAGCUCUGCUGCCUGAAGAAGAACCAUGAGGAGGAAAUGAAUUGUCUGAGAAAGCAAUCUACUGGAGAUGUGAGUGUGGAGGUCAACGCCUGCCCUGGGCCAGAUCUCAGGCAGAUCUUGGAGGAUUUGAGAUGCCAGUACGAAACACUGAUAGCGCGCAACCGCAAGGAAGUUGAGGAUUGGUACGAGUGCAAGAUCGAGGAGGUGAAUCGGGAGGUUAUCACGAGCGGUCAGGAGGUGGAGACGUGCAACAAUCAGGUCACCGAGCUGAGGCGGCAGCUGCAGGCGCUGGAGAUCGACCUGCAGGCUCAGCUCAGCCAGAGGAAUAAUCUAGAAUCCUCCCUGGCUGAGACGGAGUGCCAGUACAACACGCUGCUUGGCGAGCUGCAGAACCAGAUCACGUGUGUGGAGCAGCAGUUGGCGGAAAUAAGAGCAGAAAUAGAGUGCCAGAACCAGGAGUACAAGACCUUGUUGGACGUCAAGUGCCGUUUGGAACAGGAGAUUCAGACCUACCGCUGCUUGUUGGAAGGAGGACAGCAGGACCUUAUUCAUGGAGGAGGAAUCGGAGUAGGGAGCAGUGUUGGAGGAGGAGUCAUUAGGACAAGCCACACCUACACUACAACCACAGCAUCCCACUGCCAGGCACAAGUCCCGCCCUGCAAGACCGGGGACAUACAGGUGACUUGCAGGAGAAUCUGUGAUUGAGGAUAACCGGACCAGGAGAUGACACACACAGAAACUCACAGACAAAACAAGAACACUCCGUGUUCACUGCAUGCCUCUGUGCAGACAAAGUAGAAUUCAGCGACGCUUUGCCGUGUAUCUCCAGGCCCCCUGUGGGCCUCCUUUUCUCAUUCUGCUGCUUCUGUAACGCCGCAAUCUCUAGAAGUUCCUUGUGUUAGUCAGGAUCACUAAUGUACCUGCUGGUGAAAAAACUUCUCUAAUAAAACUGUGCUUUUGCCUGAUGCAAUCAACAAAGCCGUGUCUGCACUCUGAUUCCCGCAGCCCAGCUAU